AUGCAAAACACAGGAAAGCUUGCUGGCAUAACUCUGUUUAUUACCGGCGCUUCUCGGGGCAUCGGUAGAGCAAUCGCACUGAAAGCAGCUCGCGAUGGAGCAAACAUAGUGCUAGCGGCGAAAACUGCAGAACCACAUUCGAAACUUCCUGGCACGAUCUACACUGUGGCUGCAGAAAUUGAAGCCGCUGGAGGAAAAGCUUUACCAUGCAUCGUGGACGUACGCAGUGAAGAGGCAGUUCGUUCAGCGGUUCAAAAAGCAGUCCAAAAGUUCGGUGGCAUCGACAUUGUAGUCAACAACGCGAGUGCCAUUUCGCUAACCCCAACCGAAGAAACGGAUAUGAAGCGGUAUGAUCUGAUGCAUAACAUAAACACCAGAGGAACCUUUGUCGUUUCCAAAGAAUGUCUUCCUUAUUUGCGAAAAAGCAAGCAUGCACAUAUUUUGAACAUUUCACCACCGUUAAAUAUGGCACCGCACUGGUUCAGCAAUCACGUGGCUUACACGAUGGCGAAGUACGGCAUGUCGAUGUGUGUGCUCGGUAUGGCCAAGGAGCUGGAAGGUGCCAACAUUGCGGUUAACGCUUUAUGGCCUCGAACGGCCAUCUACACUUCUGCCAUGGAAAUGCUUGCCGACAAAGCAAGUUACGGGUUCUCGCGGAAACCGGAAAUCAUGGCCGACGCCGCGUACGCCAUUCUGUCGAAGGAUUCACGGUCGCUUAGCGGAAAAUUCCUCAUUGAUGAUGAAGUAUUGAAAGAAGAAGGCAUUGCAGAUGUGAAGCAGUAUGCUUGCAUGCCCGAGAACGCCGACAAACUAAUGCCGGACUUUUUCCUCGACGUUCCGGCAAGUGCUUUUGCGACAGAAAAGAUGCAGAACACUGGUGAUCUUGAGAAAACGAAGAAAAGUGAAAAAUUAUUGGCGAAACAGAAUGCCAAGCUUUGA